GCUUUUUGCGCUCGUGUGCCCCCCGCUCUCGGACAACGUUUCCUCGAGCUAGCUCGCCCGCUUCUCAGUGGACCGCUUACCUAGCUCGGAAAUUCAGGCAGAAAUGGAGCCUUCUGUCGCGGUAGAGCGGAAGACCUCACGUUCCAGCGCCUCCUCGGUGGCCAAGGAGAAGGAACCAAUGUCCGACCCAGAGGUACAGAUGACGAAAGAGUCGGUCAAUGAGGAGGAAGAGGUGUGGUCAUCAAAACGCCUGUGGCUGGCGAGAUUGCGAAUAGUGAUCUUGACUGCCCUCGCCGGCGUUAUUCUUGGCUGGUGGAUCACGUCAACCAUUCUUCCCGCAACGCGCCAUAGAUGGAUCGUGCAGACGUUUUGGGCAUGGUUUUUCAUCGUUGUCAUCGCGUUCCGAUUCAUCCCAAACCGUUUUGUAACUCAUCCCGUUGCCGCAUUCUGGAUCCCCUGCGUGCAAGAACCAUGGUACAAGCUACCAAGGCGACUCCGCCUGACUAUUGGUUGGGUGUGUCUUCUGGGCACAGUCUUCGGCUCGGCGUUCGGCUUCCCCCUUACCGGUAACACAACAUAUGGUGACCGUGCUAUCUCAGUGCUCGGCCUGUUUGUUUUCCAGUUCUGCUUUUGGGCGACCUCGGCGCACCGUUCUGCGGUUCCAUGGCCAACGGUCAUUGUUGGCUUGUUCAUUCAGCAGGCUAUUGCCAUGUUUGUGCUCAAAUCGGGCGCUGGUUUCCAUAUCUUCAAAUGGGUCGCGCUUCUGGCGUCCGACUUCCUGUCCCAGUCCACCGCCGGUGCUGAAUUCUUCUUCAGCGCAGCAGUCGUUGCCGAAGAGUACUUUUUCGUCAACACGUUGGCCGCCAUCAUUUUCUUCAUCGCGUUCGUGCAGAUGAUGUACUAUCUCGGUGUCAUGCAAUGGCUCCUCAAAGGCUUUGCAAUGGUCUUCUUCAAGUUAAUGAAUGUCUCUGGAGCAGAGGCCGUCAUCGCCUCCGCGUCGCCCUUUAUCGGCCAGGGCGAGUCUGCGUGUCUCGUCAAGCCCUACGUUGACCUCAUGACGCCCUCCGAGCUGCACCUGACGAUGACCUCCGGGUUCUCGACCAUAUCCGGCUCUGUGUUUAUUGCGUACAUCAACCUCGGCGUGCCCCCGCAAACCCUCAUCACCGCGUCCGUGAUGAGCAUUCCCGCGUCUAUUGCAAUCAGCAAGAUGCGCAUGCCUGAGGUUGACGAGCCCAUCACGCGUGGGCACGUUACGAUCGACCGCGGCGCGGACAAUGAGAAGAACAAGCCCGCGAACGCGCUUCAUGCGUUCAGCCAGGGCGCGCUCUUCGGUCUCAUCGUCGCCGGCCAGAUUCUCGCGAACGUGCUGACAGUCGUAUCGCUCGUCGCCUGUGUCAACGGCCUCUUGACCUGGAUCGGCCGCGGCUUUGGCUUCCACGCGCUCACGCUGCAGCUCAUCCUGCGGUACAUUUUCUACCCCAUCACGUUCUUCAUGGGCGUGCCGCGCAACGAGAUCCUGCCCGUCGCGCAGCUGCUCGCCACCAAGCUCAUCGCGAACGAGUUUGUCGGAUACACCGACCUGCGCGCGAUCAUGAAGAGCGACAACCCGCUCUCGCAGCGCGCGUUCACCAUCGCGUCGUACUCGCUCUGUGGGUUCGCGAACCUCGGCUCGCUCGGCAUCCAGGUCGGUGUGCUCAGCGCGCUCGCGCCCACGCAGGCGAAGGUCAUCGCGCGCUCGGCGACGUCCGCGAUGAUCUGCGGCUUCAUUUCCACAUUACAAGCCGCUGGAAUCGCAGGUAUGCUUGUGUAG